UCGCGGGCCGCGUGCGGAGCCGCGCGCCCCGGAGGCUCCGGGACCGUGGCGGCGGGCGGUGGCGGCGGAGCAACCCUUUGCGGGCCAUGUCUUCUCCGGCCGUAGCGAGGAGCUCCCAGGGAGAGAGCCAGGAGGCGGACCCCCGGCCGCGGAGCCGGGGCCGGUUCUGGGAAGUGGGCGGCGGCGGCGACCGGCUGGAGCGCGCGGCCGCGGAGUCGGAGCGCUGGGAGCUGCUGCUCCGCCGGGGCGAGCUGCUGGCGCUGGGCGGCCACCUGAAGGGAGCGCUGGAGGCGUACGCGGCGGCGCUGCGCCGCGGGGCCCCGGUCAGGCCCGAGUGCCUCGGUACCCUGGUGGACUGCCUGGUGUUCAACUACCGGCUCCGCCACGGGCUGGGCUGGAGCGCGACCCCGGCGGAGGGCGCCCACCCCGGCGCCGGCGGGCUGCUCAGCUGCCUGGGCUGCCGGGGCUUCCUGAGCGAGCCGGUGACCGUGGCCUGUGGCCACAGCUACUGCCGCCGCUGCCUGCGGAGAGAGCUCCGCGCCCGCUGCCGCCUCUGCCGGGACCGGCUGCCGCCCGCCGCGGCCGCUGAUGCUGAGGGGACCUCCCCGCGGCCGCCGCCUCUGGCCGCCGCCAUCGCUGCCUCGGGCUUCAGGACCAGCGUCGUUCUCAACCACCUGGCCGAAAAGUGGUUCCCGGGCGAGCGGGAGAGAGCCCGGGCGGCCGGGCGUCUCGGGGAGCUGCUGCACCAGGGGCGCUACCGGGAGGCCCUGGCCGCCGCCUGCGAGGAGCUGCGAACAGAGCCCAGCGACUUGACUCUGAAAAUUUACAGAGCUGAAUCAUAUGCUGGUCUGCGAGAGUUUAAAGCAGCCAUAGAAGAUUUAAAUGCAGUUCUCUUUCAACUGCCAAAUUGGCCUGAGGUCUACUUCAGGAAAGGAAAAGUCCUCCAUGAUGCUGGUUUUUUAGGUGAUGCCUUACAACUGUUUCUUCAGUGCUUAGCGCUUGAUGAAGAUUUCGCACCUGCAAAGCUAGAAGUAGAAAAGAUUUUAUGUGAUUUAUUAUCACCUGAAAACUUAAAAGAAGGCCUGAAGGACUCUUCCUGGAGUUCAUUACCAUGUAUUAAAAACAAACCUUUUGGUUUUCCUUCAGUAAUAGAAGAGUCUCAUUGUGCCAGUGAGCUUAGCCCAGAGCAGAAUGAAGAAAUAGCAGAGGUCACUUCAGAGCCUGUCAAAGGAAGCCUAAACCAUGCUCGGUCAGCACAGGCUAUAAAUUCAACAGACAGGCCUGCCAGAGAGGAUUGUUUAAAAAGAGUGUCCUCAGAACCUUCACUCUCUGUUCAAGAGAAAGGUGUUCUGCUGAAAAGAAAGCUGUCUCUCUUAGACCAGGAUGUGAUUGUAAAUGAAGAUGGAAGAAAUAAGCUGAAAAGACAGGGAGAAACUCCCAGUGAAGUCUGUACAUUUUCAUUAACUUACGGUGACAUCCCAGAAGAAUUAAUAGAUGUCUCAGAUUUUGAGUGUUCUCUCUGCAUGAGGUUGUUUUUUGAGCCAGUAACAACCCCUUGUGGACAUUCAUUCUGUAAGAAUUGUCUUGAGCGUUGUUUAGAUCACACACCAUACUGUCCCCUUUGUAAAGAAAGCUUAAAAGAGUAUCUAGCAGAUAGAAGGUACUGUGUCACACAGCUGUUGGAAGAUUUAAUAGUGAAGUAUCUGCCUGAUGAACUGUCUGAGAGAAAAAAAAUAUAUGAUGAAGAAACUGCUGAACUCUCACACUUGACCAAGAAUGUUCCAAUAUUUGUUUGCACUAUGGCCUACCCCACUGUGCCUUGCCCUCUUCAUGUAUUUGAGCCAAGAUACAGAUUGAUGAUUCGAAGAAGUAUACAGACUGGAACUAAACAGUUUGGGAUGUGUGUCAGUGAUACACAAAAUGGUUUUGCAGAUUAUGGUUGUAUGUUACAAAUUAGAAAUGUACAUUUCUUGCCUGAUGGGAGGUCUGUGGUUGACACAGUUGGAGGAAAGCGGUUUAGGGUUUUAAAAAGAGGGAUGAAAGAUGGAUACUGCACUGCAGACAUUGAAUAUCUGGAAGAUGUUAAGUUUGAUGAACCAGUAGUCCAAAGGGCAUACACAGGGGAUGGAGGUAACCACAGCCUUGGGCCUUUACAGCAGCAGCAGCAGUUCAUCAUUGUUGAGAAUGAAGAUGAGAUAGAGAACCUCCGACAGCUUCACAAUUUGGUCUACUCUCAAGCCUGCAGCUGGUUUCAGAAUUUAAGAGACAGAUUUCGAAGCCAAAUUCUUCAGCACUUUGGAUCAAUGCCCGGGAGAGAGGAAAACCUCCAGGCAAUCCCUAAUGGACCCGCCUGGUGUUGGUGGCUUCUUGCAGUCCUUCCCGUCGACCCCCGCUAUCAGCUGUCGGUCUUGUCAAUGAAGUCUUUGAAAGAACGGUUGACAAAGAUACAGCAUAUACUGACUUAUUUUUCUAGAGACCAAUCUAAGUAACCAACUGCUUGGAUCUUCCUCUAAAAUUACCCUAAUCUGGCUGUGGUAAUGGCCAGAUUGUCCGCUGCCUUUGCACAUCCAGUGCUGGUUUGAGAAAUGUAAUGAAACUGUUCUUUUUUUUUUCUUUUUCCUUCAACCUCCUGAAUCAUGUGGUUCUGCAAACAAAUACCUUCAACUAGGAUUUAGACCACUAAGAACUUGCACAGAAAAACACACACUAAAUGUGUGUUAAACCUCUACAUUGUGAUGAAGUUGCACUAUGUACCAUACUCUAAAUGAAAUGAGAACUCUGUGUGUGGGUGCGUGUGGGUGCGUGUGUGUGUGUGCGUGCAUGAGCGCCCGUGUGGGUAGUAUGGGUGCAUUUUCUCUGGCUUUAAAAUUUUAAAAGAAAAAAAAAAAGCCAUAGAGAGCAGAACUUGCCGAGGGUCAUUUAUUGCCCAAGUUUACAACGGUAGCGAUACAAGUUUUUGCAAAUUGAAUUUGCCUCAGAUUUCUCUGUCCUGAUGCUUAAUUUGCACAAGUACGUAAGCUAUGGUAUUGAGUAUCACUCUUUGUAGGAAAUACCGCUCUUGCUGAACUGUCUUGACCAUUGACUAGGACACAGUUUCUUAUUUAUGUAAAUACUUGCAUCCCAAUAGCCAACAGGCAUCGGAUGCAGAACCUAGAGCCAGUUUUCAGGAACAACUGCAAACCUGACUUGGUACUGUGCAUCUAUUCAUAAAACACUUAAAACUGUGAAAAUAUGGUUUACACUUAACUGUACAUAAAGGUAAAUGGAGAACUCAGUUCAGUACCAGUUAGUUUGUACAUUUUAGGGGGGCUUUUCACAUUAACUGCCCAUCUAUGUAAUUUAUAGUUUGACAUAUGUUUGUUUAAAAAAAUUACAUAGUAUAAACCCAUUAAGGAUCUAAGGGAAGAGAAGAAGCUUAAUGUAGAACUAAGCUUUUAAAGUAUGUUGGGUUUUUUUUUUUUUUAAUUCUCGUCUUGGUGCAAAUGUUAGUUAUGCCUUAUUCAUAUCACAGUUAGAUCACCAUGCUGUGACAUGGUCUGUAUUCAUGCUGCCCUAGAUACUUUUGUAAUUAUUUGUUGCAGACUUGUGACUGUCCCUCUUAACUUUCUUUUAUGUAAGUAAUUUGUAAAAGUUUCUUAAAAAUUUUGCUUUUGCUUAUUUAAUUUUGAAUAAAAGCUAAAUUCAUA